AUGGGAAGGCCUAAGCGUCAAGACUUGGACAAUGCUGCUGAUAAUAAACGGUCUUUAGUUCGUGCCCGUGCAUCGCGGGAUGCAUCGUUACGGUCAAUUAAAAAAAUAAAUACUAUAGGCGAAGAAGCUAAAUUAGAUGUUGAACGUCGCGCAUUAUUUGAGGCUCACCAUUUGUCAUUGAAACGGUUCGUUGAUCAAUUUGAGUUAGAACAGCAAGCAGUAUUAAAUUCCCUUGUUGGUUUAGAUAAUGUAGUCGAGUUUGAAAAUGUUGAUGCUGUUGUCACUGAUACUAUGGAAGAGGUAUGUGCAAACAUUCAACUUAUUGCUACUGGCUUCCAUAGCACUUCUGUUAAUGUGACUGCAAAUAAUAAUGUUUCUACUGGUGCACGACACACAACACAGGCAAUUGUGUUACCAAAAAUUGAAUUACCAAAAUUUGAUGGUAAUGUCUUGGGUUGGUUAUCGUUUCGUGACAUGUUUCAAUCACUAGUUCAUGACAACCCUGAUAUUUCUAAUAUUCAACGUUACCAUUUUUUAAUUUUAAGCCUGUCCGGUCCAGCACUUACAGUAGUGAAAGCGAUCCCUUUGACGGCUGAUAAUUAUAUCAUAGCUUGGAACGCAUUAAAACAGUCGUUUGAAAAUCAACGACUAUUAGCUUCUGCACACAUUGACAAAUUGUUUUCAUUUGUACCCUUGAAAAAAGAAUCAUUGUCGUCACUGUCUUCAUUUGUUCAUGUAUUUACUGAAAAUGUCUCUGCUAUUAAAGCACUUGGUGUCCAGGACUUAGCUGGUUUUAUUUUAUUUCAUAUUGGUGCUCGUGUAAUUGAUACAGAGACAAGACGACUGUUUGAAGCAAGUAUUGAACAAAAUGCAGUGCCUAAUUUAGAUAUAUUAUUACAAUUUAUCGCACACAGAUGCAAAAUUUUAGAAAAUGUCGGAACUUCGGUUGGAACUAACGACAAAUCUGAUAGCACUUUUAAAGGUAGUAGUAAAAGAAACAAAAUUGGGCAUCUUGGCAAAACUUCACUGUCAGUUUCAUCUACAUCUACAGCAUCAAAGUGUUUAUUUUGUCAACAUGAACAUCAGAUUUAUCGUUGCUUUGUAUUUAAACGCAAACCAGUUACAGUACGGCGCAAGUUUGUGAGCGAUAAUAGUUUAUGUUUUAUAUGCUUAAAAACUGGGCAUAGUGCUGGCUCUUGUACUGCUUCUUUUACAUGCAAAAAAUGUGAAGGUCGUCAUAAUACACUGUUACAUUUAGAAAAUGUUGGUACAAAGAAUAACAGGGAGAUGACACAGCAAGAAAAGUCAGAUGUUCAGCCCUCUACGUCCAAACCAGUUGAAAAUAGCACUGUGUUCGCAGGUACGAUAUUGACACAAGCAACUGUAGUGUUAGGUACUGCGGUUGUUCGUAUACAAGAUGACACAGGUGGUACUCAUCAGGUUCGAAUUUUGUUAGAUAGUGGGUCACAGGUUUCGGCCAUUACUGCAGAUUGUGCCACCAGACUUGGUCUUAAACGCAACAAGAGUCGUGUAGAAGUAGUUGGCCUCUCUCAACAACCGGUGUCCAAGGUAAAAGGUGUUACUCAGUGCGCGUUUUUCCCGCUUCAGUCAGAUCAACCACUGUUUAAAGCAAAUAAUGUUAUAAUAUUGUCCCAAAUUACUGGAUUAAUGCCAACAUGUUCACUCCCUGCUACGGUGCGCACACGAUAUCAACACCUAGUACUAGCUGAUCCGGAAUUCGAUCAUCCUGGAACCGUGGACAUGUUAAUAGGAGGUGAUUUAUACCCGAUGAUUUUGCAGCCCAAAGCAGACAUUAUCCAUACGCCUGGAUUGCCGUCAGCAAUGCGCACAAAUCUCGGUUGGAUAAUUGUUGGUUCACUCAGGGAUCCUACUUCAUUACCUCUGAUGUCGUUAACUAUUAGUGCAGUACCAGUCAUAAAUGAAACCAUGCAACAAUUUUGGAGGGUGGAAGAACCGACAAUCCCAGUACACCCAACGACAGAAGAUGACCGAUGCGAAGAGUGGUUUUGUAAAACAGUGUCACGGGACACAUCAGGCAGGUUUUGCGUCGCUUUACCUUUUCGGUCUAUAAUUAACGCUCAAUGUAAUUUAAAUCAAGACUUGGCUACGCAUUGUAGUAUUGGUUCCUCUCGUACCAUGGCCUUAAAUCGCUUGUAUAAUAUUGAACGUCGUUUAGCAAAGGAUUCCGAGUUAUAUUCCGCGUAUCGUUCCUUUAUGAAUGAGUAUCUGUCACUCGGUCACAUGCGCGUAGCGGAUAAACCAGGAAAAUAUUUCAUCCCUCAUCACGCUGUGGUCAAACGAGAGAAUGGUAACAUGAAAAUUCGGGUAGUCUUUGACGCGUCGGCCAAAUCGUCAUCUGGCUUCUCACUAAACGACUGCUUGGCGACCGGACCAAAAUUGCAAAAGGACAUUACCGAUAUACUACUUCGAAGUCGUUUCCAUAAGUACAUGUUCAUCGCCGACAUUGAGAAGAUGUACAGGCAGAUCCGAGUUCAUGAUGCCGAUUGCGUAUAUCAACAUGUACUUUGGAGAAAUUCGCCCGACGAUGAAGUCCAAGAAUUCGAAUUAUGUACUGUUACUUAUGGUGUCAACGCAGCCCCGUUCUUGGCAAUUAGAUGUUUACACCAAUUAGACUUAGAAAAUGGAUCUGAAUUUCCUUUAGCGAAAAAUCUAUUAAUUACAUCAACAUAUGUGGACGACAUUGUAGCAGGUGCUGACUCGGAAGAGGAAGCGUUGGAGCUCCAGCAUCAAGUCAUCUCAUUACUACGUAAAGGCGGUUUCAAUCUCAAGAAAUGGGCCAGUAAUUGUGAAGCACUAUUAAAAAAUAUAUCUACUGAAGACCGCGCAAUGGAUGCACCAUUCGAACUUAAGGACGAUCAGUCAGUAAAAGUAUUAGGUUUGCAUUGGGGUACUACAUCGGAUGUCUUAGGUUAUCACAUUAAUAUCAAUAAAGUUAAUCCAACUAAGCGUUCAAUACUCUCAACAAUAGCUCGUUUAUAUGACCCAGUUGGUGCGUUGGGCCCCGUUGUUUUUUGGGCCAAAUGCAUUAUGCAAGAAUUGUGGAUGCAAAAACUGGAUUGGGAUACUUCGCCACCGACACAACUAAUUGACAAGUGGAACACAUUCAUUUCCGAAUUUCCCACGCUAGCUCAGGUUACGUUAACGCGGCACAUUGAUAUCCGAUGUUCAAAACAGGUGGAACUUAUAGGGUUUUCCGACGCCUCUCAGAAGGGAUAUGCGGCAAAUGUGUAUUUACGUGUGGUUGACCAGAGGAAUGUUGUCAAGGUCUAUUUUAUUGCAUGUAAGACCAAAGUUGCUCCAUUAAAAUGCUCUGAUACUGACCUGUCGUUAACGAUUCCACGUUUGGAGUUGUGCGCUGCCUUACUAUUGGCACGUCUCAUCUUCCACCAGUAUAAAGUUUUACAGAGUUUUACCAUCAUUGAUCGUGUCCGUGCAUGGACUGACUCCACGAUAGUUUUGAGUUGGCUUCAGGCUGACCAAAAACAGUUCAAGAUAUUUGUCACCAAUAGAGUCUCCAAAAUCAAGUCAUUAACUCCAGGUUGUGAAUGGGCCCAUGUCAGAACUAUGAACAAUCCAGCUGAUCCCGCAUCAAGAGGAUUACUCCCCUCCGAGUUGAUUUCGAAUUCAUUACAUUUUCAUGGCCCAGAUUUUUUAUUACAAUCUGACCAUCUAUGGCCUGUGUCUACCAUGUCCGAGUUAACAUUACCACCGAUUGAUCAAUUACCUGAGAUGAAGUGCACAGCAAAUGUUUUGCAUAUACAUGAAGAAACGAACUGUGAGUCAAUCAUUCAACGAUUUUCGUCGUUGUCAAAAUUGCAACGUGUGUUGGCAUACUGUUUUCGCUUCGCCCGUCGUCGAAAUAGUCCUAAGAUCAGCGGACCAAUCACUCGGAUGGAAUACGACCAUGCACUGAACGCGGCUGUCUUGUGUACGCAACUGACACAUCUAUCGGAUCUACGUAGACAGAUAAAGAAUCAAGGUUCCAUAACUCCGACAACGACAGCCCAGUUAGCUCCUUUCAUCGACGCAAUCGGGAUCAUUCGUGUCGGCGGAAGAUUAAGACAUGCACGGUUGAAUGAAGAUUCAAAACAUCCAAUCCUUUUACCUCAAAAGACUCAUCUCACCGAGCUAAUCAUUCGACACUUUCAUCAUAUCUCGCUACACGGAGGAUCUCGAUUAGUACUUUCAAUGAUACAUCAAAGAUUUUGGAUUAUUUCUGGCCGAGCAGCUGUCCGCAAUUUUACCUAUUCUUGUGUUCCUUGCACCAGGUUCAGAAGUAUGAACCCACGACCUUUUAUGGGGGAUCUUCCAGCUGCUAGACUGGUAGCAAACCGCCCAUUUUUCAACGUCGGGAUGGAUUACGGUGGACCUUUCUUGGUGCGUGAAAGUCGACGUCGCGGUGCGCGUGCGAAUAAAAUAUACCUCGCGGUAUUCGUAUGUAUGUCGGUGAAGGCCGUGCACUUGGAAACCGUAUCCGACAUAUCCACAGACGCAUUCCUCGCUGCGUUAGACCGGUUUGUCGCUCGGCGUGGCAUUCCGAGUAGCAUGUACACAGAUUGUGGUACAAAUUACGUUGGUGCUGCAAAACAGCUGAAGAAAUUAUUCGAUGAAGCCUCCAAUCAGCAUACCUUAUGUGGUCGUAUGCCUUGCAAGUGGCAUUUCAACCCACCGGGAGCGCCACAUUUUGGCGGGAUAUGGGAGGCUGCCGUCAAAAGCGCAAAAACCCAUUUGAAGAAAGUGAUCGGUGCUCAAGUAUACACGACCGAGGAAUUUACAACUCUCAUGACGCGGAUCGAGGGCGUCUUGAAUUCUCGACCGGUGCUACCGCUCUCCAGUGAUCCAAACGACUUAGGCGUGUUGACCCCAGGUCAUUUUCUAAUCGGGCAACCGUUAUUAGCACUUCCAGAGAAGGAUGUAGUCGAUACUCCAACUAACCGUUUGAGUCGUUGGCAAUUACUCCGCCAAGCUCAACAGUCGUUUUGGCGUCGUUGGAGCAAUGAGUAUCUGCACACCCUACAAGGAAGGCAAAAGUGGUUUAAGCAGACACCAAAUCUGUCCGUUGGCGACCUUGUAGUCAUCAACACACCGUCACGACCGCCCAUGGCAUGGCAGAUCGGUCGAAUCAUCCAGGUCCAUCCAGGUGUAGAUAACAUUGUGCGUGUAGCGACUGUCAAAACGCAAGACGCUAUACUCAAACGUCCUGUUGUCAAAUUGGUAAGACUUCCAGUGGAUCCAAGACCUUAA